UUGAAGUGUUGCCGUAACCCAUGGCAACUGCUUCUGUGUCAGCAGAAAUCUUGAACAGCUCCUGCUGUCCAGGACUGUGCAACAUCAUUGGCUGGUUGAAUGAAUGACUUGCAGACUUGUUGAUGUAUUAUGCAUCCCGUUCCUCUUCAGGGUGUUCUUGAGCCCAUUCUCAGGUAAACAGCUGAGAGGGAGCCUGACAGGUAACCAGUUACAGGGAACAGAAGGAAACCUCUUCUCGUGAGCCUGUCUCAAAAAUGGAGCUGAUUGGAUCCACUCUGACAACCAAUUAUGCUCGGCCGAAGACCAGCCACUUCCUCCCUGCCAUCUCCACCAUGGCAUCCAGCUAUCGAAACCCCCAGCAAGUCAUGGCCUUCAAUCCUGCUGCCAACAUGUGGAGAGCCAACAGCUUUUAUAAGACCAACAGCAUUGUCCCGUCAAGCCCGUCCAUGCAGCAUGACGGUCUGGAUCUGGUCCGAGCCAGGACAUCGUUCUUCCCUUCCAACAGGGCUGCGAUGACUAAUCGAUACACCCCUGAUGACUGGUACAAGUCCAACCAGAGCCACUACUGGGAGUCCGAGUCCUCCCGGAAAAGUGCGGAGAGACUUAGGAAAGACACCGUGAGACUGAUUCAGGAUAAAGAUCAGCUCACCAGGCGAACACAAGAGCAUACCAGCAAGAACAUCUCAGAGCGGCUAAAUGACAUCAGGUUCUGGAAGUCGGAGCUGAGUCAUGAGAUUGACAACAUGGUGACAGAGAUAGCUGCUCUCACUGAGGUGAAGAGGAGGCUGGAGAGAGCCUUGGCAGAAACUCAGGGGCCCCUGCAGGUAGCUCAAGAGUGUUUGUACCACAGAGAGAAGCGGAUAUCUAUUGAUCUGGUCCAUGAUGGCGUCGAAAAAGACCUCAUAAAGGAAAUAGAAGUUAUAAAGUCAUGUCAGGAGAGGAUGAGGCUCCAUCUGGACAGAGCCACGUCCCAGCUAGCUUCAAAUCGAGCAGCGCAACAUGAGUUGGAAAAAGACCUGAGCGACAAACUGACGGCUCAAAGAAUAGACGACCGAUGCCACCAUCUGAGGAACACGUCGGAUGGUAUUGGCUAUUACAGGGGGAUUGACAGACAAGACUAUUCAGUGUCUCUGCCAGACUCGUGGUCCAGGUUUACCGACGACAACAUCCUGCGUUCUCAGAGUGACCGGGCCACUUCCCACAAACUCCGAGAUGAGAUUGAGAUCUUGCUAAACACCACGUCCAAUGAAAUGUGGAACCAGUUCAACAACGUCAACGUGGCCUUCACAGGUCGCAUUUCUGAAACCGCCGAUGCUAAGAGCAGCUUGCAGGCACACCUGGCAAAGACUCUGCAGGAGAUCUUCCAGACGGAGAUGCUGAUUGAAUCUCUGAGGAAAGCCAUCAGAGACAAAGAGAAUCCGCUGAAAGUGGCUCAGACCAGACUGGAGGAGCGGACCCGCAGGCCCAACAUAGAGCUGUGCAGAGACAACCCCCACCACAGACUUGUGACGGAGGUGAGGGAGAUUGAGGACACCAUCCAAAAGCUCCACGAGAGGCUGAUGGAGGCGGAGAACACUCUGCAGACUCUGGUGAAGACCAAAGUAAACCUGGAAAACGACCUGUCCAUAAAGGCCAACUCUCUGUUCCUGGACCAGGAGAAGUGCAUGAGCAUGCGGAAGACAUUUCCCAGCAUGCCCCGCCUUGUGGGCUACACCUGAAUCAGGCUUUUAUUUUGAAAAAAAGUUAGGAUAGUUAGGAUAAAAAUUAAUGUAAGUUUCUAUGUUUAUUUAUGUUCCUCUGAGUAUAAAAGGUUUUAAUCAGAGAAAGAUUUUCUCCUGGUACUUAUAUAUGGAUCUCAAUGACUUCUCUUCCUUAAAUUAUUCGAUUAUUUUGCUCUCACUAUUUAUAUUUUUAUUUUUGAUGAAGAUAUUUUAGUUUCACAUCCUGAGUGAAAAACUGAUCACAUUAAAACAGAAUAUUUAUCAGUAAUUGGUUUAAACCAAUUUAUAUUAAGAAAUUGAUCUUAUUUAACAGGAUUAUAAAAUCUUAAUUGUUAAAGUUAGUCAUUUUGGGGAGCAAUAAUGAUUUAUUCCAUCUACAAUUUUAUUUUCAAAAAACGUACCUAUUAUGUUAGCAGUUUAUAUAUUAUUUUAUUAGUUUGAUUUUAAUGUUAUGCACCAGAAUGAAAGAAUAAAAAAACGUGUAUCUCUAAGUGAUUAAAAUAUGCAGAUAUUUGAUGACGGGACACAAAAUACAAUCCUGGAAAAUAAUUAUAUAUAUAUAUAUAUAUAUAUAUAUACAGUAUAUACAUAUAUACAGUAUAUACAUGAAGAGUCAUAUUUGUCACCAGUACUUUUAUCUGGUUUCUGCAGCAGUCUGUGACACCACAGACCAGAAGAGAGUGGUUUUAUUUCAUGUUUAGUCUUUAAAGACCUACCCCAAUUAAUGUUCUUUUUUUUGUUUGUUUGUUUUUUUGGGGGGGUGUUUUAACAUGUUCUUGUGGUAUUUUUCAGAUGAUGGGGACAUAUAUGUUAGUGAAAAAAGUAAAACAUAUUUGAGCAUAUUUAUGUUUAUGAGAGAGAAAAAAAACACAAUUAAGUCGCUCCUGAGUAUAACUCGCUCCCCUGGCUGAACUGUGUAAAAAAA